GGGUAACUGCUCUGUUUAGGCGCAUGCGCUGUUCAGUUUACAGUUAGAGCUCGUCAGAAAAUGGCGUCGGCAAAGUUUUUGGAGGAAGCUCUCAGUACGGACGUCGAUGAAUCAGCAGUCAGUGCAUUGGUUGGGUCACUGGAGACACAGUUAGUAGCCCCUGCACCUGUGUCUUCCGCUCAACAAGGGGCAACAGCCAGUGUAAAUCAGAAUCAUUUAAAUAGUGUAAUACCUAAUGGGGGCACAGUAGCUUCACAGAAACAUAGUGUGACGAACGGAGGCUCAGGAUCCAUGAAUAUUCUUUUAAACUCGGACGCCAGUAAAACAAUUACUACGAAUUCGCUUCAAAGUGGUAACAUAGUGCACUCAAAUGUUAAUACAGUGGUAGCAUCGUUGCAUUGUGGUGUUCCUGGAAGUGGCUAUGUAAAUCAAGUGACUUCGAGUGGUAGCCAGCCAAAUCUUGCGAAACCCCACGAGGCUGUCAAGAUUGUUUAUCCUGCGUGUACCCAGCCGAUGGGUGGAUUGAAUGUAAACAAUCGUGUUGCUUUUCCUAGUGGCGUGCUUCCAAACGGUAAUUUGGGGCUUGCCUCACUGCCAUCACACACGGUACUAAAUACAGUUUCUUCAGGUGUUCAAAGUGUAGUCUCACAUACACAUGCUCAGACUGUUAGUAAUAUUUCUAAGUCUGUAGGUAACGUUCUUAAUGUAGAUCAUGGUACGAAACAACAAGGGACUGCAUUAGUUAUUAAAGCUAGUGGUAACUCAAACGUAACACAAGGGACGCCAGUAGGUGCAGUACCAAUGACGGUUAACACAUCAGCAAGCUUAUCUGGGACACAUACAAACGCAAAUGUUGGUACCACGUCAGUUACUGUAUCAACUAUGUCUGGUGUGGUAACAUUAGCCAAAACUGUAUCGCAUAGUGUUGGUGCUUCACAAACAACAAUUGUGGGAAGCUCACCCACAAUUUUACCAGCAAAUGUUCAGAUUGUUAAUGUCAAUGCUGUUAGACCGGGAACAUCAGUCCAGACAGGACAGAAGGCCCUUCCUCCUAGAGUUGUCAUUGGAGCACCACAUAUGGUUGGUACUCGUCCAGGACAACCAGGGCAAAUCACGCUGCAGACGCUGCAAGGCCUCCAGCCGGGCACACAGGGCCACCUGCUGCUCAAGACGGAGAAUGGGCAGUACCAGCUGCUGCGGGUGGGUCCGGCCCCUGCGGCCCCCUCCUCCACGGGCGUUGUCCCGAGCAACGCCCCGGGCUCCCUCCCUGGUGGCACCACCUACCGUCUGCAAUCCGUCCCAGCGCACGGGGCGGUCGCUGUGGCGGCGGCGACUUCUGCGACGACGACGACAGCAGCAGCCAUCACCCCCUCCCAGCCGCCGACACUCACCUCCUCCAACGCCAUCACAUCGCAGGAUGUGGUUCUUGGCUCCCAGCAUUCUGACGGAGUUGUGUGGAGGCAGGCCGCAGACACAACCAAAGAGAAAUGUCGGAAGUUCCUUGCCAACCUUUUAGAGCUGUCGAGCAGAGAACCCAAGUCUGUGGAGAAGAAUGUUCGGACACUGAUACAGGAGCUUAUCGACACAAAGGUGGAACCUGAGGAAUUCUGUGAUCGUCUCGAAAGGCUGCUAAACGCUUCACCGCAACCUUGCCUUAUAGGCUUCCUAAAGAAAAGUUUACCUCUCCUCAGGCAGUCCUUGGUCACGAAAGAGCUCGUGAUUGAUGGAAUUCGUCCACCUCCACACACGGUUGUCUUUUCCCUUCCGAAUUCCGGCAUUGUGCCUCAGCUCCAGUCGCAGUUGAGGCCGCAGGCAGUGCCCAGUAAUGCGGCGGCCCAAGUGCGACUUAUGACGCCGGUGAGCACUCAGAGCGUCGGUGUCACCACAGUCCCUCGGCCGGUCCAACCUGUGCAGCAGAGGCUAGUCACACCGGUUCGAGCGCAGGUGCCUCGCAUGGUAAUGGCGUCGGCGCUACGGCCGCCCGCCCCCACGCCGGCUCCCUCGCCGGCGCCCGCGCCCGCGCCCAGCUCCGCAGUCACCUCCAGCAUCAUGACGCCGACAUCGGCACCUGCACGGGUGCCCGCCCCGCCCCUCCAUGCCAUCCGGCCGCCCCUGCAGGUGCAGAUCCGCACGCCCAAUGCUGCCGUGGCCAGCCACAUGCGCCUGCCGGUCCCCGCGCAGCUCAAGACCGCCACCGCCACGCGCAUGACCACUGUCGCGGCCGUCGCCGCCGCCCAAAUGAGGCCGCCCGUGCCUGUCAUCCUGCCCAAGCCCGUCCUCCGGGAGAAGGAGAAGAAGACCUUCUCCAACACUGGCUUCGCGGGGGACGACGACAUCAACGAUGUGGCGGCGAUGGGAGGCGUCAACCUGGCAGAGGAGACCCAGCGGAUACUCGGGUCGACUGAGUUUGUGGGCACGCAGAUCCGGUCCUGCAAGGACGAGAUGCUUCUCCACUCCAACCCCCUGCAGCGAAGAAUCAGGGAAAUAUCAUCGAAGUACGGACUGGAAGACCCGCCCAAUGAGGUUGCUGCCAUCAUCUCUCAUGCUACACAGGAGAGAUUAAAAAACCUAGUUGAGAAGUUGGGGGUCAUAGCGGAGCAUAGGCUAGAUGUUUUGAAGGUGGAUCCUCGCUACGAGGUGUCGCAGGACGUCAAGGCGCAGCUCAAGUUCCUGGAGGAGCUGGACCGUGCGGAGCGCAAGCGCCACGAGGAGCAGGAGCGGGAGCUGCUGCUGCGCGCGGCCAAGAGCCGCUCCAAGUCCGAGGACCCCGAGCAGGCCAAGCUCAAGGCCAAAGCCAAAGAAAUGCAGAGAGCGGAGAUGGAAGAGGUGCGACAGCGGGAAGCAAACCACACCGCCCUGCUGGCCAUUGGCCCCAGGAAGAAACAGAAGCUGGAGUUGGGGUCUGUAGCCAGCAACCUUGGACAGCCUGGAUCGAGUACAAAUUCUUCAUCUAAUAGCUUCAACAGAACACAGUUGCCGAUGCGGCCGCGCCUCAAGCGAGUCAACCUGCGCGACCUUGUCAUGCUGCUGGAACAGGAGAAGGAAAUGUGUCGGACUCCCACGUUGUUCAAGUCGUAUCUGAAGUGAUGAUGGUUGUGGACCGGCGCGGUCUCCGUCGGCGUUGCGUUUUGCGCCGGGGAGAUCGCGGUGACCAUACUUGCGCGGUAUCGAUUCCACGGUCCCAUUGCAGUGGCGAGGUAGUGGGGACCGCCCUCGCAGCGGUGCGAGUUUCACGCGACGUCUGCGACUCUCGAACCGUGGCGUAGCCGUUUGUUGCCGUUAGUUGACUCCUGAGUAUCUCUCGCGGGCAUGUUUGAUUGGCCUUUUGCUGAAGUGAGUGUGAUUUUCAUUGUUUUCUGUUUUUGAUGUUGGAAUUCUUAUUUAAUGCAAAACCUAAAUUUAUUUAUCUUAAUUGUUUAGCUUAAGGAGAAUCAGAUAUAUCUUGUCUUUUUGGGUACAUGUAAAUGGCCAGUAGUAACUUAUUUAAGUAGUGAACGGGCAAUAUCCAUACUGGGCCAUCGUGCUCAUUUUACCUGGUAAGUCUGAGAAAUUCCAAGAGUAUAGUCAUUUUAUACAGUUUAAGGUCACAUUUUGGUUCCUGUGCUCAUCAGAUUAUGUCAAAAUAUUUGCUUCAUUGAAAUGUGCAUGUGCUGUGGAGACAAAGGUGAACCGAGAAUGCUAGUGUCCUCAGGAUCAGGGCUGUAGCUCAGAAACUAGUUCUUAAAUUUUUUGAGUGCACCUACAAAGCAGGUCAGGGCUGCAGACACAUGAGUCCAUGCUAAUUCUCGUGUUUGACGUUUAGAAUAUUAGUCAUAGAAUUAUUUUCAGAAGCAAAUUUUUAUUUUAUUUUAUAAAUACUGAUUUUCUUCUCUUUCAAAGGGUAAGAAAAAAUCCACCUGAAGGAAUAGAUGAUCGCUCUGAAGCUUUCAAUUUUUGGUUCAUAUGUAACUGUGUAGUAUGAUGAGUGUAAACGUAAGUCAUGUGAAGUGGUAAAGAUAUACUUCUUAAGUAAGUUUCUUUUUUGAGUGUGCCUCUUAAAUUUUAAAUUCCCCCGCCCCCCCCCACACUUUUUUUUUGUGUUAAACCAUUGUGAACCUAACUGUUCAUCAAAAUUUGAAUUGCUCAUGGUGGACCUUUCUUAUGGAGUGUAAGUAAUACGAUUUUUGGACCAUAUGUACAUCUUAAAACGAAGUAAAAUUUGUUUUGGUCUAGCAUUCUCACCCUAAUCCAUUGGACUCUUAGAUCUUAGCAUGAAUUAUUAUCGGCUGCCAUAUUUUGAAACUGCCAUUUAGUGUGCUGUUUUUAACUGAAAGUGUAAAAUGUCUACCUUGAGUCAAUCGUCAAAUGUCAUAAAAAAAAUUUGUUGUGUCAGCAGAGGUUCAUAAUUUUAUUAGAUAUAAGUGACUUGCAAUUUUUUCCCAGUCAUUACCACAUUGUUGUUGUGAUCUCGAUUAUGACGCUAGAACUUUAAUUGUUGCUCUACCAAGUAUAAGAAACAAUUAUUUUACAUUAAAAUAAUUGGUGUUGUGAGCUUUACUGGUUGAGUGUCUUGUUGCAGCUUGCUGAAGUGUUGGGUGUAAUUGAAAAUAGAAAAAUAAAAUGGUAGUGACUUAGUGUUGCUUAGUAUUAAAUGCAAUAAGUUAAAAUAUUUUUACAAUGCAUUUCAUAGUACUUUGCUUUGGAAUUUGAUUUUUCAAAUUACCGAGGUAAGUUGUAUUGUAUAACUUGAUUUAAAUUUACUUUUUUUAUCACCAUGGUUUGGUAUUUAAGUGUUUUUUCCCUUAAUUAUAUCAUUGUGUUGUUUUUUUAGUAUCUUCUUGAUAUGACAAUCCUAAUGAUCUCAAAUACUGAUUAAAUAAAUAAUGGGCUUAUAUUAAUUCAGUUGCUAAUUAUUCAAGGUGUACUGAUCAUAACGAAAUGCUUCCUAACGUAGGCGUGGUCAUAAUUAUUCUUAAAAAUUAACUUAUUUUGCUUUUAUUUCUGACUAAUCACAAGAAAAAAUUUUCCUUUUUCAUUGCUAUGCAUAGAUGUGUGGAGAAUGGGAGAAAAUGUGCAAAGCAGUAUUUUGGAAGAUGGCCAAACUUUAGUUUUAAUGCCAGUUGUUAAAAUAUUUUUGGGCGUUAACAAUACGAAAGGUGGUUGUGAACUGUUAAGAUAACAUGAUUUGUUUCAGUAAAUACUCAUAUACAAUUAAUUGUAAAUAGUCAUUAAUAACCAACAAAUUGUGAUUGGCUUUGGUGCACCAAUCGUUUGUGCUGCUGUAUUUUAAAAUAUUUAAACUGUGUUUAAAAUGAUUUUAGAGCACCAUUGUAAGCAAAUAAAAUGCCAAAGAGAAGCAAGGGAAGACUUGUAAUGAAGUGAAUUUACCUCACAAAGCUUCAGGCUGAAAAGGACAUGUGGUGUGUGUUAUUGAAGUGGUAACACGAGGCUCUGUAAAAAAAGUACCAACAUAACAUAGCCGUGGUAGUUUACCUCCAGCGGUGGCCUGUCAACUGCGGAGACAACAGUUGGUAGCACUGUGUACAUCCUUGUCUCACAGGAAUUUUAGUUGUCAACAGCUUAGUUUCAUAUCUAUUUUCCUGCCAAAACUAUCAUAUAGCCAUCCGGGGCCUAAGCAUGAUGUGAGACCAUAAACUGUAGUUUCUGUGAGACACUCUUUGCAUAUUAGGUAUUCCAGAUGCACUCUUACUUCCAGCAAAUAGUUUGUUUCCAAGGGCGGGGUGCAUUUUCUGUCAGUUGAAUUGGACAUACAGGCCAGCUGUAUGUUCUGUGUAUGUUCAAAACUGAGCUUAUUUAUGUAUAUAUUUGUGUAUAUAUCUUUUUUCGGUUUCCUGUUUUAAUAUAUGACACUAUGUGUGAAUCAAGAAGAUAAAUUGUGUUUGAGUCUCUUUAAGCCAUUAUCAGUUAUUUACUUCACAUUUUGAUUUUUUCAAAGAUUAUUAUAAGCUAUUGUCUCAUACUUCUUGUUAUAGUAAGUGCUAAAUAUCUUUUGAUUUUAUGGUGAAUCAAGUGUUUCUAUUAUAUUAGGCUUUUUUUUUGUGACAAAUUAUUCUAAUUAGAUCUCAGGGAAAUAAUUAUUUAUAUAUUAUAAAAGGUGCUUGUCUAGUCUACUGUGUUAGUCUUAAACACUUAAACAAUACUUGAAAAUUUAUACACCCAAUGACCAUUUUACCUUUAAUAUAUUGGUCAAUAUGUUUGUAUUUAUUUUAUAAAAUAUACAAUUUGGUUCAGAAUAGUUCAGAUAUUCAAAAUGCUACAGUUAUUGAAAUAAGCAAGUGUAAUUUCCCUGAAAAUUAAUUUUACAGUAAAAUAAAAUUAGCUCAUUUCACAAUAGUUUAUAGGUGCACUGAAAACAAUUUGGUAGUUAUGUUUGUAUAAUAGAUCAGUAAUGUAUUUAAUAUAAUAACUGUCACAAAGAAGACAUGAAAGUACAUGACCAGAAACAUGUACUCUUAUAAGUCUCCACUAAAGUAAAAACAUUGAUGGCCGGUUUCACCAAUGUCCCCUAACUUUUAAGGGCUGCUUAAGGCAUGUGUAAGGGCUGCCUAGCACAUUGAAUCGUUUCACCAACAGUUAAGGAACUCUUAAGUAAUCUUAAGCAUCCCUUAGUUUAAGUGGUGGAAAUCGGGCCCCUAACUAUUUAAGCGGCACUUACUGACACAAAACAAGAAAAAUAAAAUGGAUGCCGUGGAGGAAUACGAACUAGCCGAAGAUGUACAUUUUAUUUUUGAUAUAAAUGUUAUUGCUGAAGUUGUGGAACAUUUUUAAGGUGAACUUAAUGUGAAAUCCUUUAUUAUAAAUACAUUCGAGAAUGUUCGCAUACUCCACUUUUAUUUAAGAACUCAUUUAAUAAGGAAGUAAUUAAAGGUUUUUCUUUUGAAAAGUCUUAAAAGAACAUUUAUUACAAGGAAUUUUGUAUGUCCUAAAGGAAAUAAACUGAUAUUUUUUUUUAUUUUCAUCUGCUAUUAAAACUUAGUUUAAACUUAGACAAAAUUACAAUAGCGAAUAAAUUCUCCCAUGCUGCGUCCUUUUCUUUGCUCGAAACAGCAUCCGUCCUCUUAUUUUCUAUUAUAUUUUUAUGCCUCUCAACUAGGCUCAACACCUUCAUUUUCUCAUCAGAAGAAAAGUUUUGCGUUUUCAUUCUCUUUGUUUCAAACUUUUUCACACUACUUUGCAACGACCAUAUAGCUACUACUUUCCGUGAAAAUACACUAACAUCGUAACAUCCAAUUACUGCGAAAUUAAUAAACAUUCAGAUAUUUGUUUACUGUUUAGUAAAAAUAUUUGAUUGGCUUAUGUAUGUCACGUGACAACAAGUUCGAAGUACCAACCUGAAAACUAUUAGUACUUAUAUCUGUACGAACCCUCGCUCUAUGGCAAGCAAGUCCCUAACUAAGCAACCCCUACAUAAGUGAAUGUUACGAUGGUGAAAACCAAUUUCGUGAGAAUUGACUUUAAGGAACGCCUAAACUUAAGCAGUCCUUUGCUGAGGGUGUGUUUAGGAGGCGUUGGUGAAAACGGCCCUGAGAGUUUUUUCUAAGGUGCAUUUGGUUAACUUCAAUGCGGCAUACAGUGUAGGUUGAUUGGAUUAAUUAAAAAAAAGUGUUUGAGUUGAAUUACUAUCUGCAUCAGUAUUGGCUUGUCACUUAGGCCUUAGUCAUCAUGUUGUAACACCUUGUCCACCACUAAUGACAGUCCGUCGUGAGAACUAAGUCAUUGGAAAGAGUAUAUUUUUUAUAUUUAAUCUGGAAAUAUUUAGACAGCUUCUUGAAUAGCAUGUAUCCACAGAGUUUGUAUUAGUUGGUCCCAGAAAUGUCCAGCUUGCUUAACACAAACAUGUGAACAUUCCUCACAAAGUACUGCGAGUCAUUGUAGAUUCCACCGAGAUUAUAUUCUUCAUCUCUUUUGGGUUCCAUAGCUUCAAGCUCUGCUGCCGAUCAGUGUGGUCUUUAUGCAGAAAACAAAAGUUAUUCAUUUGAAUGUAUAAAGAAGGCCUGUUUUGACAAAACAGGAUGUCAUGAAAGUCGCAAAAAAAGUAACGAAACUGAAGGACUGGUCACAAAAGUCACAAAAAACUCCCAAAAUAAACAGUUACAGUUGUGGUUGUUAUGAACGUUUUUAUUUCCAGCAGCUUUUUUUUCUAACUUAAUUUGUUUUUUGGCACCCCACUUAAGUUUAGAGUCGUUUGUUAAAUAUAAAUAGUUGGUGUUGUCCAUUUAAAACUUAUUAAAUCAUCUCUGAAAAUAUUUUUAGCUUUUUGAGCAUAAAAAUAGUCAUGUUCCUGCUAAUAUCAGAUCAAUUAUGUAUUGUGUUUAAUUUUUCUUAUAUUUUAAAAUGGCCCUGUCAUAUAAAAUAUGGAAAGAAAAUGUUAUUAAAUGUUUUGAAAAAGUCCUGCAAUUGACUCACCAGGUUUUUGUAGACACUGUGCAUUAAUUAUGAGGUGAGCAUGAAAGUAGCUAUAGUCAGUAUCAUUAUUUAUUUAUAUGUAAAUGGACUUGUUUUGAUAUAAGAAGAAUUAUAAAAUUUCAAAUUUUUUUACAUUGCCUGGUGUGCAGUUACUAGGAUGUGUACUCCAAAGAAGUACCUUAUUAUGAUCUUGACAACUUAUGUUCAAGUAAUGUUUUUUCCUUAAGGUUGGACCACUUGAAUGUGCAAGUGGUAGUGUUUGCAGCUGUGUUUGGAUGUGGAAGCUGGAGGCAAUUGGAGUUGGUCUUCACAUGUUUCUCUGCAAACCACUCAAUUACAGGAUAGUCAAAAUGUGGAUUGCACAUAUUUCUAGAGGAAUGUAGAAUAACUGUGUAUUACAUGGGCACAUGACACUCGUAAUAGUAAAGAAUUUAGAAUUGCCUGCUGAAUGUUUCUUUGGAAUUUUUCAUGGCUAAAUAUAUUUUAUUCACAGUUAUGUACAUAUUAUGUAUUUUAAAUAGUCAUAAUUGCUUAUUACUUGUUAGUAUUUGUAAUAUUUUUAAGUUUUGUGGGGUAAAAACAUGAAAACGGUGUAUUUAGUUCUAUGUAAAUUGUAAAACGGUCAACAAAAAUACUCCAUAGAACAGAGAUGUAAUCAACUCACAUAAACCAUAUGUGAUUUACGUGUUUAACCAAGCUAUAGUUAAAUUAGUAGAAAUAUGAAGAAAAUUUACCCCAUAGUUUAUUUGUGCCAAAUAGACCUGGUAUUACUUACUACAUUUGUUCGUAACAAAAUUACUAUUUAAAUACAUUGUUAUAUAAGCUAGAAUCCAAAAAUUUAAUGACCAAAGCAUUCUACAGUCUAGUUAAUUUCGAACCAAAUAGUUUUGACAAUAUUUACAAUUCUAUUUACUGGUACUUUAAUAAUUUCAUGUAAUUGAAUGCAAUGAGUAUUUUAAGAAAACAAGCUUUUUUUUCUGAUCUUCUGAAAAUAAUUCUGUAUAUGUGUUCAAGAAAUUUAGUGUAUUACUAUUUGCUUUGGGAUUAGGACUUAAAAAUCCGACUUAUUUGAUAUCACCCUGUUAAGAAAUACGUAAUGUGUAUGGCUGUAUGGAUAUUGUUAUUUAAAGAAUGUACUAGUAUGUAAUUUGGGCCACUAAUUUAAUGUUGCAAAAACAAAGAGAAUGAUUUUAUGAUUGAGUGGAAGAAAACUGUACACUCCUCUAAUUGAUCUUUACCUUUUAACUUUUUUAUUUCCAUCCCAUACUGCACAAAUUCAGCAACAUGGUUUCUCGUGACUGUUCACGGUAUUUUGGACUGCCGGUGAAGCAGCUUACUAGUUGUAACAGCACUUAUCACUUGUCGAUGCUUGCCGAGUUCACUCUUUAUGUCUGCUAGCGCUGUGCGCUUUGCUUAUUUCACCAACCACCGUAAAAACUUUAUUUAUGUAUAUGUGUUCUUCAUAUACUGUAUUUGGUAAAAGUAAUUUCGUGAAUGUAACGGAAAUUUAUAACCACAAUGCUGCCAUCUGUGGUGGAUGGGGCGAACUAAAUUCACAAAGCUAAAGGGAAACUUUAUAGGUACUAUUAACUCUUUAAUGAAUUUUAACAAGAUGGGCAAUAUUUUAAUAAAAUUCCUUGUGGAAAAUCAGAUCCAAACCCGAGGUUUAGUAUUUUUUCAAGUCAUUUUUUUUUUUUGCUUUUAUCGGAGCUGUUUCAUUUUAUAGUUCAAUCUGCUAAUCAAAUGAUUUGAUAGUCUACUUAGCUGAUCCGGCAGCGUAUUUUAGCGGUGGGUGCAAGAACUACGCAUGAUUCACAUCAAGAAAUGUAGUUGAAAACACAAUUUGCAUACUUAUUUUUGUGCUUGGCAUUAUUUUAAAGAAUUGUACGUAAAAUUUUGUGUUAAAGUUUGGUAUUUUUGCAACAUGAGAUCACAUGAAUUUGCUUGUUACCGAAGUUAGAUGUUGCACAUCUCUGGCGAGUACUGAAAGACACCCCCCUCCCCCCCUACUCCACUAGACCAAACACUACUAUGCUUAUGGUGUGAUUUUAGAACUGUGGUGGUGUGUUGCAAAGUUUGUUCUUUGCAGUAACUUAGUUGAAGUAGUGCAAAUUUAAAAGUGUUUGUAAAACUUCAGAUGAAGCAUCUGCAAAACUAGUUUUGGACUAUGAAAUAGAAAUGCAAACUUUGCCAGACUUGUAAAAAAAAAUUAUACAGAAAAGUGGUGAGCCUUGCAUCAUUAGUGCGGGUCAGUCACCUGAGAUGAUAUUGAGGACACCUUUUUUUUCUCCCCAAGAUUCAUAUUCUUUGUUUAUUGUGUAAUUGUUUUAUGAAGUUAAUGCAGGCUCUGCUGAUCAGGACUAAUCAAAUUACCAUCCUUGCCUACUCUGUACCAACGAUAGUCAUCCUGAUAUUUCCCAAGGUUGGCAAUUAUGUGUUGGUUAAACACAAUCAGGCCAAAAUCUGUAAUAGUUGGUCACAUUUCCCACAGUAGGAAGUGUACUGUAUUUCUUUUAGUUUUUGUCACAAUGAAAUAUAAUUCAUGGGUCAUUUGCAACUCUAUAUCCUGGCUUUAGACCUUGAAACAAAGAUAGAUCUAUUGUGAAUAUAUGUAUCAUUAUUUCAUUUUAAGUGUUGAUUUUAGUUUUACCACCUUCUUUGUGCAGCUAUUAUUUAAAUAAUACUCAUUAUUUAUGGCGUAUUGCACAAUUAACAACAAAAAAAGGUUUUACGGUGGUCAAUGUAGUUUUAUAGUAACUGUUUGAAAUGAAAGAAGGAACUGUACUUACUGUGCUAAAUUAAUAUAUGUGUAACAGUUCAGGUAUAUGUAAUCUGCGAGAGGCUUUGUUUGUUCAGUAAAAUAACAAUAUGGUUUGCAGACACAGUUAAAAUUUGCUGACUUUAUGGCAUAUAUAUAUGUAUAUAUAUACACACAUACAUAUAUAUACAUAUAUAUAUACAUACAUGCAUACAUACAUACAUACAUGCAUCAUUCUUCUUGAAAUUGUAAGUGUUGCAUGUAUUAUAAAACUGGUUUUAAUGCAUUGUGUUUCAGCAGUAGACUUCAGUAUAAUUAUUGUCAUCAUUUUGCAAGCUGGCUGUAAAAAUUAAGUUUUUCUAUGAUCGAGUUCUAUGCCACCUAUCAUUGAAGGUUAUAAAAAAAAGUUAGCUUAAAUAUGCAUGACGUUGUUUUCUGUGAGUGCAAAGUUAUUUUUGUUGCCUGUAGUUGUAAUGCUGUAUUCAAAAAAUUUUUGUUAGAACAGUUGAUUUCUUUGAUUUCACGUUGUUUUGGUAUUUAAAAUUUUUAAGAAAUUAUCUGGUUAGCAACAGUAUCAUGUGUAUUUUAUUUAUUUGGCCAAACAAAUAAUUGACUUAUAACCAUAGUGAUUUUUUUUUUAUCUUUACUACUGCAAGUCUUACUGGUUUUCACUAAAUUUUCGAAGCAAUGAGAAUUGUAGUCACAUAGAUAAAGUAUUUAAGUUUUUUUGUUUUUUUUUAAUAUGACAUGUAUAAAAUUUGGGAUUGAUUUGUGAAAUAAGUCAUGGUGCUGCCUGUAAAUAUUGUGGUUAGCAGAGUCAUUGGCAGUUGGCAUUGCCCCAGACCAAAACCAGUUUAAAUCCUUCUGGCUUCUGACAAGUGUAAGGUUUUAUGUGAGCCUGAUGUUAUAUACCUACCACUGCACUCAUGAAAUUUUUGCCUAACUAUGUAAUCAAGUAAGUAUCAUCCAUGUGAAACUUGGCAUUGCUGUAUUUGUCAAAGAUAUUUGAUGAUUGCAAGAAUCUCAUAUAUUUAUUAAUUGUGAAUUAUAUUCUAAUGCAAAAAAACUGACAGAAAUCUGAACUUAAUAGCAAUUUAUUUGUGCAUGUAAUUGGAAAAUGUUGAAAAGAUAACAAAUUACUAAAUUGUUUGUUUAAAAAAAUGUUUGGGUAACGGUUACAUUUUUUUAGCACUUGCUCAAUUACUGUAGUGAUGUUCAGUGUAGUACAGGUUUUUUUUUUGUAAUGAGGUAAGCGUGAAGAAAAUGUACCUGAAAAACUAAACUGUGGUGGUUGCAGUCUCCGAGGUGUUUGUAAUGUUCAACAUAAUACGUAACUAGCAUGUAAAGAAUCUUUUUACUGCGGGCAAGAAACGAGAGAUACUUAGGAGCAAAAAAUAAUAUUCUAAAUAGUACUACGUUCAAUGCGAUGUAGGCAAGACUAGCACUGUUGUGGCAUGAACAGGGGAAAAAAUAAAAAUAAUUUUUUUAUUAGUGUCAACCCAAGUGCAAUUGUGGAGCUCCGUGCGCGCACACACAGAGCGACCUGUGUUUGGCUGCGCAAACUUGGUGCGGCGUUUCCAGUGUGUGGUGCGAUUCUUGCGUGUUUUCAAACUACUUGCGGACAACUGUUUGUGUGUGAUGGCUGUAAUUUUCACGUCAUGUUUUAUAAAGAAAAUGUGGCCUGCUGUGCAUAUACAUAAUAUAUAUUACAUAGCAAAUUGUAAAUAUUGAAAUGCUGUAUCCACUAGUUGACUCAGUUGUAGAUAAUAUUGUUAUUUUGUAUAUUUGAUGGGGGCCAUUUUCUGAAGAAAAUAACAGAAUGUUUUAAUAAUACGUAAAUAAUAAUGAUUAUGGUUAACAAAUUUUGUGUAUUUGGCUUCUACCAGCUCCUUUUUUUUCCAGAAAAAAAUAGUAAUGUUUAGAAAAAAAUAUUUUAUUUUGAUGUUGUAGAGCAUUAAUUUCAAAAAGCUUCCACAUGUGUCUUCGCAAAAACUUUUGCGUAUGCUGGCUUCAACUACUUUCAUACGAGCUGUAGAAAGGACAGAAUUUGUGAGUACUGCAAAUGUCGGGCUUGUUUCAGUUAAAAUAUUGUUAUUGUUGAAGUAAAUAUUUUAUAAUUUUGAUA